AGUAAGAUUUUGAAUUUUGAGAGGUGAAGAGCUAAGUAUCUAAAGAACCAUAAUGGGUGUGCAUGAUGUAUCACAAAGAUGGGAUGUGAAAUGGGUUACUGGAAAGGUUCUCAUUGCUGUGCUUCUUCUUGUUACAGUCUCCGCCGAGAACACCAACUCACAAUCCAAUCACACUGAAGGGGUUGAUACCAAUGCUAAAGUAUUCUACCACCACACUUGGCCGAGUAUGAAAUUUGGAUGGAAAAUAAUAGUAGGAAGCAUAGUUGGAUUUCUAGGAUCAGCAUUUGGGAACAUUGGAGGUGUUGGUGGCGGUGGCAUCUUUGUGCCCAUGCUUACCCUCAUUAUUGGAUUUGAUACAAAAUCUGCAAUAGCAAUAUCAAAAUGCAUGAUUACUGGUGGAGCAACUGCAACAGUUUUCUACAAUUUGAGGCAGAGACACCCCACACUUGACUUGCCCGUGAUUGAUUAUGACUUAGCACUUCUCUUCCAACCAAUGUUGAUGCUUGGAAUCAGUAUUGGAGUUGAUUUCAAUGUCAUUUUUCCUGAGUGGAUGCUAACAGUUUUGCUGAUAAUACUUUUCGUUGGCCUUUCAAUCAAAUCAUUCUUGAAGGGUGUUGAUACAUGGAAGAAAGAAACCAUUAUGAAGAAGGAAGCUAAGAAGAAUUCACGGAUUGAAGACAUUGCAACUGCAGAAGAUGGUGCACAUUAUAUUCAGACAGAAGCCCCUGUCAAAAUCGAUACUAAUGAACUAAAGAAAAAGGUUUCUAUGGUUGAGAACAUUCGUUGGAAGGACCUUGGACAUCUUUUCGCUGUUUGGUUCAUGAUACUUGCGUUAGAGAUUGGAAAAAAUUACACGACAACUUGCUCCGGAGCAUAUUGGGCAGUGAAUUUACUCCAGGUAGGAACUACUAUAGGAGAAUUCAAUUUCUGA